AAGGGGGGAAAAAGAGAAAUAACACCACCACCACCAAAUCAAGAAAUCAAAAUUAGGGUUUACAAAUUCGGGUAUACAGAACCAUCCGCCGGAACCCGAACAACAAACCACCAAUCUCCGAUCAAACUCACGGUGUCGCCGCCGUAAUCCACCCUUCUCCGUCACCUCCACCCCUAACAACAACCUCUUCCUUCAACAGAUUCCAUUUCGACCCCAACGACGUCGUAUACGCUCUCAAUUCAUCCAAUUGGUGCACCGUUUCUGAAACCGGGUCAACGGGAAUGAGUCCGACCCGAGAAACAGGGCAGGUGUAAAAGUGGAAAUAUCUCUUGACAAAGAAGUUUGGCGUGACGUUUGGUACCCUGCAACAAUCGUUGAAGAUUUGGGCAACAAUUUGUUCUCGGUUGAAUACAAUUUCUCGGGGCGCAAUAACGCAUCGAAGCUUCGUAGAGUUACCGUAGAUCAUCUUCACAUUCGUCCCUCGGUUCCUCAAACUAGGGUUACAAGUUUUGGGUUGUUAGAAAAAGUCGACGCUUUUGUCGAUUUUGGCUGGUGGAGCGGUGUAAUUACUAAAAAACUUGCUGAUAGUAGAUAUGUUGUGUAUUUUAAACAUACGAAUAGCGCGAAAGAACUUAGUCAUCUGGAAUUAAGACCGCAUGUAGAAUGGAAAAACGAUGUUGAACAUGAUGAAUUACGAGAAACCGUUUCCUUAAACUUCACAAACACGAUUGAGGACACAACUACUUGUCUUGAUAAACGAACUUCGAUUAUAACAUCAAUGAAGAGAGCAAAACCAACAAAUCGUGGUGGUAAUUUAAAGCCUUCUAAGAAAUCAAAGGCUGCGGUUACCGGUGAUGAUCCACGCCUAUCAAAUGGUGGUCAAAGUAAAGAAGUAAGCACCCCGGAUGUUGGUCAAACCUUUGACCAAGCAGAAAAUCUUUCUAGUGUAAAGAAAAAGCCUGGUAAGAAAUCGAAGGCUGUGGUUACUGGUGAUGAUCCACGCCUAUCAAAUGGUGGUCAAAGUAAAGAAGUAAGCGCCCCGGAUGCUGGUCAAACCUUUGACCAAGCUGAAAAUCUUUCUAGUGUAAAGAAAAAGCCUGGUAAGAAAUCAAAGGCUGGGGUUACCGGUGAUGAUCCACGCCUAUCAAAUGGUGAUCAAAGUAAAGAAGUAAGCACACCGGAUGUUGGUCAAACCUCUGACAAAGUUAAAAAUCUUUCUAGUGUAAAGAAAAAGCUUGGUAAGCGAGAAAAAGGUGUUGAUCCGAAGAGUCCUACGAGUACUUCUGCAAAAAAGAAGGGUAAAUUAUCGGCUGAUUCAAGAGGCUCGGAAACUUUACCUCAAGCUGCAGAAGAGUCGACUCUUACAACCACUCCAAACGUUGUCGAGAAACAACCCGUUACCAUAAAUUCUCCUAUUCCCGUGAUUUUGGGUUUGCAAUGUCACAAUGUAACAGUUUUAAAAAGCAAGAAACCUAAGCAGUUGACAUCUAAAAGUCCUCAAAACGUGGUUGAACCCAAUGAACCUCAGUCAGGUGUUCCGUUAUCACCCAAAGCAACAGGCAAUCAGGAAACAGAGGGUGGCACGAUAACAAAAAAGAAGAGAGGAAGGCCGUUCAAAACACAACCAAACAACCUCGAGACUCCCUUAGCCGUAAAUGAUCCGAACGAAGAUGCCAGUGUAAAGAAGGUGCCAUCUACAAGAGGAAUAGAGUUACCUUUACAACAGGAGAUGUAUAGUAAACCAGUAAAAGGAAAACGAGGAAAACGGCGAAUGAUUAGUUUAAACAGUACGUCUUCACCACAAGAUGUUCAAGAUUCGUCGACACGAAAAGAAAAAGAAAAUUCUGAAAUUAAUGUUGAGAAGUCGAUCGACACCGUAUCCGACGAUCAACCGCUUUCAAAGUGGUUUCAUGGAAAGCAGUCGUUAGCAACUCUUGAAUCCACAGGCAAGAAACCACUGGAAAAUUCUAAAUCUCUACCCGCUGUGACAAACGGGGAUGGUCAAACGUUGACUUUUGAAAAACGGAGUUCACUUUGGGAAACAAUCGAGUCAAUGGAAGCGUUCCGUGUGUUCCCACAAAAACCACAUUUUCGCCCACUCGAUGAUAUUAAAGAAAGUGCUCGCGAACGCCACGCAAUCAAUAAAAUGGUUGACUUUUCAGGCGUUUUUGAAGACACACGUCGCUUACGGAUUGACCAUCCAAGAACCCAAAUCGAAGAUCUCUUGGAGACUCUUUUAGAACUUGAAACUCACGGUUUUAAUAUUGAUUUCAUAAGGAACCGUUUGACGGAGUUGAUCUCUUUCAAGGACAAACGGGAAGGGCUCGAAAGUCAAUCAAAAGAAGUCAAAGUUAACGUCGAUAAUCAUCGCGUUGAAGUACAAAAACUCGAUAAAGAGCUUGAUUCAAUUGAUAAACAGAUGACCGAUUUGCUGGAAACACGCGAUCGGGUUUCCAAGGAGAAAGAGAAAAACGAUUCAGAAAUCGCUGGUUUGGAAAGCGAAAUUGAUAAAAUCGAAGAAGGUUUGCGAGAAUGCCGUCGCAAAUUCGAUGAAUUAGCGACUGCUUCUUUCGUUUGAGAAUAUUUAAAAAUGAGUUGCGAUUAGCGACUGCAGUCUUAUGGAAUUGAGUUUGGUUAGUCGGUUUGUAGUUGUUUUCGUAGUGUAACGAAUGCUUAUGAUCGGGCCAGGCUAACAUUGUGUUAUAAAUAUUAAUUAAUGUGGCCCAUAGUUAUUAGUUUCAAUCGGGUCUUAAUCGGGUCGGGUUUAUAGAUUAAAAAUUAAAAUAGUGGUCUUUUAUUGCA